GCUUAAAUCACACUUCCUAGUGUAGAAAGUAUUAAAACCUGAGCUAGAUGACAUAAUUUCAUUUUUUUUCUUAUCAGGAUAUUUUACAAUAAAGAACAAGCAUGCACUUGUUUUGGUUGACAUUGGUGUUGGUUUGUAUUGGGGCCAGUGCUUCCACUACUACAUCACCAAGCAUCCCUACAGGCUCCGCCUUUAAUAAAAUUAUGGAUGGAAGUUUCAAGAACGUUGACAGAGACACGGACGGCAUCAUAGAAAGAUACGAGUUUGAUAAUUUGGUCAUUAUAGCAGAUAAAGACAACAAUGGAUGUAUGACACUAGAAGAGUACAAAAACUUCUCAGCAGGAGGUCCAGAAAUUGCCAGUAGGAUAUACAAACACUUUGACACAUCUAACACCAACUGUCUUAGAGUGGACGAUGUUUCUUCCCAGUUUGAUAUCAUGGACGCCGAUAAUAACGGAAUGGUGACAAUGGCAGAGUUUCAAAAGUACUAUGUGAAUCUGCUGCAGUCACUGUUCCAUGUAACUAUCUUGCCAGUUGGAUGAACAGCUAGCUUCAAUUCCUCUCUAAGAAUGAAUAGAACUAAAAGGAUCUCAACUAUAUGAAAUUGAAUAAAUCAAAAUACCACACAGCACAUA